AUGAUUGAUGUUAAGAAUAAAAUAAUUUCUUUCUUUAUAUUUAAUUCUAAUUAUGGUCCUAAAGAAGAAGAAGAGCUUAAACGAAUAUUAUUUUUCCAUCCCAGUCACAUAUCAUCUGAUGCUAGAAAAAUGCAAGUAGGUUUAUGUGAAGCUGUUGUAAAAUUUAUGACAACAUUUUCAUCAGAACCAUGUGAAGCUUUACAAACACAAUCAAAAAGAUAUAUCUUUUACCAACCAGAGAAAAAUUUUUGGAUGGUCUUGGUCAUAAGAAUACCUUAUGCUACAAAAAAUGUGGUAGCUGGGGGAGAAAAGAAUGAAUAUAUUGAACCAUCCGUGAUGUAUGAUUUACUUGUAUCAGCUUACAAGAUGUUUAGAAUGUUUGUAGGUCAGUUCAAAGACAUUUCACCAGAAGAGAUAUAUAACAAAUGUGAACAGUUCUUUACUCCAUACAUUAUGUCAAGAAAUAUUUCUAAUGAUAUGAGCAGUAUAAUACAAGGCAUAAGCUAUUUGCCACUUGAAAAAAAUUCAUUUUUCAAAGUAAUAUGUUUUAUAGAUUUACUAGAAAUCAGUUAUCCAGAUUUCAAAUGUGUCUCUUUUAUUUAUAAUGAUCAACUCAUAUGGAAUGGCCUUGUUACAAGUGAUAUGUUGACAUUAUACCAAUACUUAGUCCAAAGUUUACUACCAAAGCAAGUCGAAAAGGAAAUUCAAGGAGGAGCUAUAACUGCUGCUCAGAGACAUGGUCGUUUUAUUAGCCCUCCAGAAGGCAUUCGCAGCGUAGAAGACUUGCAGAAACUACACAAAGUUUACAUAAUGCAUGAAGAUGAUUCUGAAACAAAACAGUACUAUCUUGUUAUAUAUAGAACCUUAAGUGCCACAGUGUGUUUCACAGUUGAUGUUACAACAACUCUAAAUAUAGAUACAUUUAGAGCUUUGGAUGCAUUCAUUGGACCUCACCUAUCAACGAUUGCAUCAUCUAUAAGUGAACAGUGUACAAUCCAUGCCUUACAAAAUGCACAACUUGCCAAUUCUGAUCACAAAUUUUUAUAUUUUAAUAGAUUGAACCUGGCACACAAAACAUCAACACCAGCAACAACCUUAAUUCCAUCAACAGCAGUGAAGCCAGAAGUUUUAAGUAUAAUUGCUGGCAUACAUGGUGACAGGAAAAGCUUGGGUAAUUAUGGUGAAAUUAUUAUUAAAACCCCAGAUGAAUACUGGAUUGCAGGAAAAUCAUCUAAUGACCGAGAAUUCUAUGCAAUUAUACAGGACAAAAAUGCCAAUUUAAAAGAUAUAGCAGAUGAAGUAAGAAGAAUGUGUGAAGAACAAAUGAAAGGUGUCUUCUUCUACCCUAUG